GGUACAUAAAACAUGUACCUCUGCAUCAAAUGUGGGCCAAGCGAUUAGGGUCUAGCAGCAUGGUGUGGCCGCACACAAUCUCUCUUCUCUGCUCAUCCUCUCUUGCGGCGAGGGAAAAUUGCCCGCUCUCCAUUUCGGCCGCCCCCAGGCUCUUCCUAAAAUUCUCCCAUCAUACUAAUAAUACAUCACCACCAACGUCAAACCGCCAUCCUCCUUUCACCAUCGCGAAUUACGCCUAAUAGACCGCCAACAUGGGUCGCGUGAUUCGUAACCAGCGAAAGGGCAACGGUGGUAUCUUCACUGCCAUCACCCGACUGCGAAAGUCUCCCGCCAAGUUCCGAUCCCUCGACUAUGCCGAGCGCCACGGUUACGUGCGAGGCGUGAUCAAGGAGAUCAUCCACGACCCGGGUCGUGGCGCUCCCCUCGCCCGCGUCGUCUUCCGCUCCCCCUACAAAUUUAAGCAGGUCACGGAGACGUUUAUCGCGAACGAAGGCAUGUACACUGGCCAAUUCAUCUACGCCGGCAAGAACGCCGCUCUCACCGUCGGAAACGUCCUGCCCCUAUCCUCGAUCCCCGAAGGUACCGUUAUCUCGAAUGUGGAGGAGAAGGCCGGCGACCGAGGCACGCUAGGUCGCACCUCGGGCAACUACGUAACCGUUAUCGGCCACAACCCUGACGAGGGCAAGACCCGAAUUAAGCUCCCGUCGGGCGCUAAGAAGGUGGUCAGCAGCAGCUCGCGAGGGAUGAUCGGCAUCGUGGCUGGCGGUGGCCGAACGGACAAGCCCCUCCUCAAGGCGUCCCGUGCCAAGCACAAGUUCGCCGUCAAGCGCAACAGCUGGCCCAAGACCCGCGGUGUCGCCAUGAACCCGGUUGACCAUCCCCACGGUGGUGGUAACCAUCAACACAUCGGUAAGGCGUCGACAAUCUCCCGGUACGCGGCACAAGGUCAAAAGGCGGGUCUUAUUGCGGCGAGGAGAACGGGUCUGCUACGUGGUACCCAGAAGACGAAGGAGUAAAAAUGGGAUCUCCAGGUCAUGGUUCAUCACGGCGGUUGGAGUUAUACUUGACGGCGCUUUGCAUCUCUCUAGGUACUGGCGAGCUACGACAUGAGGAUAGGCUCAACAGGAAGUACCCGGCACCCGAUUUUUCUCUCGUGUACCCAUACCAUUCCCAUCUUGGGGGGCUUUUCUUGACUUAUUCGCUUCGAGCCGCACUGGAAGUGAGAUGAGUGACAUAUGUGACUAGUCCUAAGAAGCUAUCACCGAUGCCGGAUGGGUUUUCGUAGGUAGGUAGAGAAUGGGACAUGGGAUAGUGAUGAUGUACGGGACCUCUCGGCGGCGGGGAAGACGGAAUUCU